AUGUUGCCACAUGUGAUUUAUAAAGAAGCAAAGGCGUACGAUAUAUGUGAGUUCAAUGACCAUUUCAAUCAAAUAAGAGAUUUGGUACCAAAGGUUGCUGAAGCUUUUGAAUAUAUUGGAUUCCACACAUGGAGUAGGGCAUUUUGCCCGGGAAAUAGAUAUAACAUUAUGACAUCAAACCUCGCGGAAUCGGUGAAUGCUAUGUUUGAUGUUGUAAGAGAAUUUCUCAUUGUCGCUCUAUUUGAGGAAACAAGCAGGAGAUUUGCAUUGUUAUUUCACCAAAGGCGUAUGGAACUGGUGCACUACGCAAAUAGAUUUGUUCCUUCAAUUGAAAAAGACAUAUCAGAGUAUGUCAACGCGGGCAACAAGUUGUUGGCCCAUCAAAUCGCUAACUACAAGUUCAGUAUCACUGGGCAUGGAGAUGUUGCUACUGUGGAUCUACAAAGAAGAACUUGUACUUGUAGAAUUUUUGAUUUGGACAAAAUACCUUGUCCACAUGCCAUGACAGCGAUUCGAUGCCAACAUGGUGCCGAUUUUGGAAAUCAGAUUUACCUGUACUCCUCUCCAUAUUAUUCAGUGGAAAAAUACAUAAUGGCAUAUUGUCAAGAAAUUCACCCGGUGCCAAAUGAAGUGUAA